AUGCGGAGCAUGAUGGGAAACUGCGGAUGGGCUCAGGCGGAGCAUGAUGGGAAAGGGAGGGGCCUCUGUUUGAAAGGCGCAGGGCAUGAUGGGAAAUGCGAAAGCAAGAGCUAUAUUCCGGUAGUGCUGUAUGGCAGGCAGAGGUUCAAUAGGUGCAGCUCUCCCUUCUAUGGCAAUAAAGAACCCUUGCUGGGCCGUUCUUCCUCCAAGAACUGUGUUGACAAGCAGCAGCCCAACAUGUCCAGGUCUCCCCUCCAUGGAGAGGCAGUGAUGCUGGAUUUCUGCCCUGCACGCAUCUCUUGA